GAAAACUACGUAAGAGGACAUCAAUGUUCAGUAAGAGGACAUCAAUGUUAAUGCUAUGAAAUGCACAGACUCAGUGACAACAUAACAAGUGAUAAAUAUCUCAUAUUUUUUAAACAAAAACUAAAUUUCUAUCCGCACUUUGAAAAUAAAGAUCUAUUUUUGAUAAUUAAAACAAUUAUUUAAUAUAUAUUUUAAAGUUUUAUAUAUAGACUGUUUGAGCUUUGAUAUAUAUAAUUGAGUUUUAUUUGUUUUAAGAUAUGAAAUGUUUUAUAUUUAUAGUUUGAUUCAUUAUUUCAUAACUUUGACUAGAUUUUGAUCCGCACAGCCGUACGAAUAUUUGUUUUAACAUACAAUAUAUAUAUAGUAUUGUACAUACAUAUUGUUGUAUUAACGUUCAAUUAUCAGUUGUAUUGAAAUUUGUUUUAUAUCUUAAUAUAUAUUAUUUUUAUCAGUAUUGAAGUUAUUUUGUAUUGAAUGUAUUUUUAGCACAUAUAAAAUUAUUAGUAAUAAAAUAGGUAAUUAAUUAUUCUAAGUUUUAUUUAUUUUUAAGUCAAUUUCUAUUAUUCAUGUACAUUAAUAUUUAAAAUUUUAAAAAUGAUUAUUAUUAUAUAAAUGGACUACUUAUUUUUGGAUAGGGAAAGAUUGAUAUCUUUUAAUUUUAUGAUAUAGUAAAAAUGAUUUUAUAUUCAUUUUAAAUCAUAUUAUUUGUAUUAAUAUAUAUAUACAACUGAGUACGGGUAAAAUUAAUUAAUUUUUUGCUUUUAAAACGAUUUUUUAUGAUAUAUUUUUAGAAAACCUUAUUAAAGUUAAUAACCUAAAAUCCCAAGAACAUUAAACAUAGAUAGCACAUAUUACUCCCCAUAAAGCGACUGCAACCUGUCACAGGAAAACAAACACUGAAGGAAAGUUUUAUUCCAUUCUUUCUUUCUUUUUUGAAAAAAGUUGUUAUCCAUUCUUCAACUGCACAAGCAUCUGAAAACAAGAAUCGUUGGAAGAAUCAAUUGUAAUACCGCACGAUUAAACGAGAAAAACAAGAAAGAAAAUAUAAUAUACUAAGAUUAUAUAUUGUACUUUCUAUCAGACCAAUUUCCAAAAGGCGACGAUGUCUUCGACCAAAUAAAAUCAAAGAAUUCUAGAGUUUUGAGGAUUGGAGAUAUCAGGGGAGUUUUUUUUUUUAUGGCUAAAGAUAUUAGGGGAGUUGACGAGAGGAAAAGUUAUAAAAAAAUGAAGGAGAUAAUAUUUGAUUAAAUGACUUGGUUGUUUUGUGUUAAAAAAUGACUCAGUUGUUUUUAGAAUAAAAUAAAAGAUGUGGCUGGGAAUAUCUUUUCGAAGAAUACAUCUGUAAGUCUGUAACUAGAAUAAGAACCAUAAUAUUUCGCCAAACUAAACAAAAUAGAGUUGAGGAAUAAGUUUGAGUUUUCAGAUGCUCAAAGUGCCUUUCCCUUUGGAAAUGCCUUCUGAUGAAAAUGAUAACUCAAAAGUGCCUUUCAUAAACAACUCAAUAUUCAAAUAAGACUUUUCUUAUUUUUGUACAUUAUUGUUUCGAGAGCUUUACACACUCAACUUUUACUUCGAGAGCAUGUUGAUUAUAGGUUUUUUGGAUUGGAUCUUUUAGCGAAGAUACAGUCUCUUACUUUUUAACUAAAAAAGUUAAGAGACGUAUUUUAAUUUAAGAUUUUUCUAAUUAGUUUUUUUAAGAAACGUCUCUUAACUUAAAAAAUGUUUUUUAGCUUUUGUAGUUAAAAAAUAAAAAAUCGUAUCUUAUAUUACUGUUAAGAGAUCCAAUCUAAAAGACCUACCAUAAACAUGUUUUCAAAGUAAAAGUUGAGUGCGUUUCCGUGUAAAGCUCUCGAAACAAUAGUGUACGAAAGUAAGAAAAGUCUUAUUUGGCUUCUUUAUCGAAUAAAACAAAACACUCUAAUGUACUGUCCACAAAUGUACGAGUCGGCAACUAAAAGUAGCAUAUGUUACUGUGUUACGAUCUUAGUGACUGCAUGAAAAUAUGGCAUUAAAAGUGGUUUAAAUUUUUAACGACAAUUAUAUUUAGCAAACCUAUUAUAUUAACUAAAAGGUGCUUUAAAUUAUCCAGAUCUCCAGUGUUUGUGACGUUGUAUUAUUAGACAUAAAUUAAACGUUUACUGUUUCAGGACCUUAUUAUUAUUCUGUAAAGGUAGAACAAUUCUGUGGCGAUUCAGAAUAACUCGGGUUUUUACUUUUUAAGCGUCAAUGUCAGGGUGUCAAGUAGGACCGGGAUGGGGGUACGUGAAGGGCCAUCCAUGCCUUCGAAAAGUUUUCCGGCCAUAGAAAUAUGAUUGACCUCAUUAUCCCAUUUCUAUGAUUGACUUCAUAAGAAUUGGCUUCAUUAUCUCCUUCUCAGUGCCUGCGCUUGGGGAGGGCCGAAGGUGCAAAUGCAGUAGGUCUCUUUUUUUGUGGAAAAUUUUCUUUAAAAAAAUUAAGGUCCUAACUUAUGAAAAACCACAUAUAUUAAGGUCCUAAUCUGUAAAUUAAAAGAAUACAACUGUAAUUUUGGGGAAAACAUUUGUUGAGCACAGAUGACAGAACCCAUAAUUAAUUUAAGACGGCCUGCUCCUUCUAUGUUUUUGUAAUCCACUUUUUUUUUCUAAACUAUUGAAUUUAUUAGAAUCCCUCCUAGGUAUAAUUUCAAAAUUAAUUCUACAUGUACAGUGAAAUUUAUAAAAUUAGGUUCAAUCAUUUUAACAUUGGUGUAUUAUGCUUACACAUUAUAACAAAUAUUACAUAGAAAAUUUUACAACCACCAAAUUUACAUGUCUUAUAAAUAUCACAUCUCACUACACCAAACUAGACCGCGUAAUGGAGAUCCACAUCAAAAAUUAUUCACAUCAUGCUAAAAAAGUUUAUGUAAGUUUUUCCACAUUAAUUUGCAUAAUUAUUUCAUAAAUAAUUUUACUGGAGAGACUUGAAACUUGGAUCUCUUGGUACAUUAGCAUUAAUAAAUUUUAUCGUGUAAAAACAUUAGAAAUUUUAUAAAUUAAUAUUUGAUAAAUUAAUAAUUAUAAUAAAUGAAUAAAUUUCACUAUUUUUGAAUUAGAUCAAUACAAAUAUAAGACAGUUUGAUAAAUAAUAUUUUUUAAAAAACCUUAUAUAAAUAUAUGAUCUCAUUAUAAAAAUAAAUAAAUAAUUAACGUAUAUAAAUAUAAAUAUAAAAUUAUCUUAUUUGUUAUUAUUUACAAUGAAAUCUAUUUUUUAAUUUUUAAACACUUCAAAAUAUUUUAAUAUUAUUUUAUCAUAAUACAUCUCUGUUUACAAUACAUAUCUUAUAUACACAAAAUAAUUGAAUAUGAACAAAAUAAAUAUUGUGUUUUAAAAUUUAAUAAAUAUAUAUAUUGUAUGAAUAAUAAUAAUCAAUAUAUAUAUAUAUAUAUAUAAAUAUAGGAAAUAUAUAAUUCAAUAUAUAUGUGUUUCAAAUGUGUUUUUUAAUAAAUUAAUAAAAUAUUAUAAUUCCAACACUAUUAAUUUAUAUGAAUUUUUUUACUAUACUUGUACACUUAACCAAAUGCUCUUAUGUAUUUGUUUUAAAAGUUUCCUUCUUUUUAUAAAUAGACCACAAAAAACUAACUUAACUUUAGCCCCAAAUGUUAAACGCAAGAGUUAUAGUAUUUUUAUGCUCCUAAUUAGAAAAUGUUAUCUGUAUUAUCAAAGGUUGACUCGAGGCUAAAGAAAGAUUAUGAUCCAAGACCUAAACUCGUUUUAGUUAACAAAAGAAAAAUCCUAACUUAACUUAACUUCGUACUGGCGAAGAGCGACUAAAAUCAAAUAUUAUGUUGUGUUGACCCUAAAAUUGGAAACAUAUACAAUCUUUUCCCUUUUUUCAAAAUAAAGUCAAAAUAAAGUAUUUUCUUUCUUCCAACCCCCCUACUAUAAAUAUAUGUCAUUUUGCCAAAUGCUCUUAAACAAAAAAAGGUACCAAACCAAAAGAGCAAGAACAAAAAAAUAUGAACACGAUAUUACAAAAUGUAUCGUGCUUCAAGAGAAAAGUUAGUUCUGGACGACCAUUCGACUCCAGGUCAUUAUCGUCUUCGUCCACUCCUCAAAAAUACGACGUCUUUUUGAGCUUCCGAGGCGCAGACACUCGCAAGAACUUCGUCAGUUUUCUGUACAAGCAGUUAGAGACCAAAGGCAUUCGAGCUUUCAAAGACGACAACGCACUGGUGUGUGGCCGUUCGAUUGCACCAGUGAUUGUCCAAGGCAUCAAAGGAUCAACAAUCGCUGUCGUGGUGAUCUCUCCGACUUAUCCAGCUUCCUUCUGGUGUCUCGAGGAGCUUGUAAUGAUUUUAAAACUGGAGAGAGAAAAACUACUCACUGUGGUGCCUAUUUUCUACGAGGUUGAACCUAAUGACCUGAAGAGACAGACGGGAAAACUGGUGAAGCAGUUCAAGAAACACGAGAAGAGACAUAGCACAGAGAGAGUCCACUCGUGGAGAGAUGCCUUGAACAGAUUGGCUACUCUCUCCGGCGACUGUUCAAAGAUUUCGGAAGAUGACGCGACGCUGGUCGAUAGAGUUACUGAGAGAAUAUCGAAGAUUUUGUCCAGUAACGUAAUUAGUUUCGACGAACACAUGAAGAGAUUGUAUCCGUUACUUGAUCUAAAUUCAAAUGAAGGUGUACAAGUAAGUGGGAUUUGGGGAAGAGGAAGCAAGGGAAGAUCAGCAUUCGCGAAACACGUUUACAAAAACAUCUCACCCGACUUUGAAGCUCAUUGUUUUCUCGAAGACGUUAGAAAUAUCUCACUGCAUCUACAAGAAGAAGAGCUUCUUUCCAAGAUGCAAGGAGAAGUCUUGAUGAGCACAAAGAGCUCUCACAUGUGUCUUGACGCUAUCAAAGCAAGGCUCGGGAACAAGAAGGUUCUGCUAGUGGCUAACGACGUGGACAAGAUCGAAAAGUUAGACGCGCUUGCUGAUGAAUUUAGUUGGUUUGGUCCAGGGAGUAGGAUCAUCAUAGUCACACAAGAUAAGCAUUUGCUUAGUUCAUGGGGUGUGAAGAGUGUCUACGAAGUUGAGCUCUUGAGAUGCUGUGAAGUUCGUAAGCUCUGGAGGUCUGAAGCCAUCAUACGGAGAGAUGAUCAUGUGGGUUCCGAGCUUUCUUUCCCGACCCUGAUAUGCAAUGGUAUAUAGGUCAUGUUCGUUUUUGUAUUUCAUACAACAUCUAGAUGUAGCAUCUGAGUACAAUAUUUGGAUAUUAUAUGUUGUUCGUUUUUAUAGUUAGUAUUUGCAUUCAGAUACACCAUCUAGAUGCUAAAUUGUUCGUUGUUUUUAUUUAAAUAAUAUUUGAAUAUUAGUAGUUAAAAAGACUAAAAUAUAUUAAUAAUGAAUUUAUUAUAAAAAUAAAUAUAUCUAAAAUUAAUUAUGCAUUUUUUAAUGGAAAAAUAAGUUCGAUAAAUUCAUUUGAGACUAGAUAUUCCGGAGAUAUCUUAUGAAACUUCAACAUUUGAGAACACGAGGUUAAUCUCAGAGAUUCACGCUAAAGGUUGAGAACAGUCGUCGAUUCUUGAGUAUUAUCGUCACGGACUAGCGGUACGCGUCGAGAAUGAUGAGUCGAGCGAAACUAGUUUAAGAACUAUAAGACUUAAAUUAUUAUGUUCGAGUUGGUUUGUAAUCAAAACCUUACUCAUGACUCCUUACUCCCGAUUUACGGGUUGAUUUAUAAACAAUCAUAAAUAUACAAUCGUAAAAAUGUUUGUGGAUCAAACAUGUAAAUGAAAUAUAAUAAAAUUUAUUUACAAAAUAUAUUGUAUAUAGUAUAAUGUUUUUGAUUAAGUUUUGAAUAUAAAAAAUUAAGCAAAUCAUAAAAAGCCAUAUAGCAUAAAAAAUAUUUUAAAAGUUUUAAAAAUGAAAUUUUUUUAUUUUCUUUUCUCCUAUUUUAUCCAUUUAAGUAUUUUAUUUUUUAAUACUCAUCUAGAUAUUUCCAAUACUAAUACUUGUAGCCAAUUGUAUCCAUUCAAGAUGUUAUUAUUUUUUACUGUACAUUAAGUUAAGUAUGACUAAACUUAGUAAGAUGUGGCUUAGAAAUAGGAAUGUUUGUCUAUUUUUGGAAUGAGUUACUGGUGUAUAGAAGCAAUUAUUGCUCUUGACUGGAUUAAAUGACAUACAAAUUCUUUUUCAAGUUUGGCUUUUAAUGAGUUCCAUACAAAUUUGCAGAGGAGAUCUAAAGUUCCCAACUUUCAUUCCUUGAUAUUGCUUUAUCCAAGCAAAAAAAAAAGUGCAAAGAAAAAAUAGUAUUUGAAGUUAUAACCUAGAA